UUCACGUUUAAGAUAACAAUUUCUAGCGUGAAUGUUCCGAUAACUUCAAGUUAUUUCCUUCGACAUGUCACUACUUCUUCACAAAUUAUAAGCCAAACUUGAAUACAACGCCACCUCACAGCGUGUCUGUAAAACUAAAAUCGCGCAUUAAGCGUGCGCAAUACAUUACAGUCAAUCGAUUAAUCGUAAUUAUUCUGGUGAUGGUGAGACAUUAGUAUGUACACUAUUGACCUCGAACACAUUAUUUUGUUAAAAGCCAAGAUGGCGGCAAGUGACGAGAAUAUGUCAUGUGUAAUAUGCAAAAAAGAAGUUAAAAGCACGGAUAUAAUUUUAGUGUGUGGAUUGUGGUGUAGAAAAUUCUUCCACAAUGACUGUGUCGGUAUCAGCAGCAGUGAAGCUCGUGCUGUAACGAGUACAAGCGAGCAAAUUAAGUUUCAUUGUGAAGCCUGUGAAAAGAGGUUAGGUAUCGAACUUUUCGGCGGAAAAGAAACGCAUGGACCAAAAAAUUUUGAAAACUGCGUAAACAAUUGUGUCAAUUUAUUUGAGCUCGUACAAAGCCUUAUCAAGAUGACAAAUGAACUAUCAAACAGUAAUUCAGUAAUAAAUACAAAAUUAGAUACAGUUCUUACUUCAAAUGCACGAUUAGCGGAAUAUUUAUUACAAACGUCAAAAUGUUUUGAAAACCCAACUAAAGAAACCACUAACAAUAGCGUAGAACACUUAGAAAAUGAGACUACUAUACAAAUGGAAAUUCGUGAGCAAAACGACGACACGAACUUGCAUAACCGAUGUGUAAACAGUAAACAAACUGAGUGUUGUGCGUCAGAGCUCACAAGGCGACGACAACAACAAACUGAUAACAGUUCGCAGCAUAUUGCAAGUGGUUAUCCCAAUCAGUUAACCGACCGUCAACAACUAAAGGUUGCAGAGCAAUUCAGUUCAAAUUGUCUGCAGGACUGGGAGAUGCCAGAUGGACAUGGUAGUAUGCAGGAUCCACAAAACACUGACACAGAGAAGACUGCGCCACAAGAUGGUGGAAGUUCUGUCAGCAGUGAGAUGAUUGUCAAACAAGAACCAGAAUACCCACCUUCGGAAAAUUUUCCUGUGCCUAUCACAUUCAAUACUUUGAAAAUAGAGGUUGUGGAAGAUGAAGAGAAGGCAGUCAGCAAUGACUUUCAAGAGGAAUAUUCACCUUCUGAAGAUUUUCUUGGGCCCAACACAUUCAAUAUUGAGAAGAUGAGGGAUGAUGAAGAUGAGGGGGCAGUGAACGAGGAUGCCUUUAAGGGGUUCAACCAAGAAGUGGAGUUGGCAGGUAGUGGCAGUGAACCAGGAAGUACUAUCCCUGUUGGCAUGGAGGACAACAAGAUCAGUGAUGGCAGUGGCAGAUUGGUUACCAACGACACACUGUCUAGAGGAACACACAACAGGAUACAACGCACUAGCCUACAGGAAACAUCUUGUUUGAAUGAGUUUAUUAUUAGGCGUCUAAGGCAAAGAUGUGACAUCUACAGUAAGACGUUUUCACGGUUGCAGGAUGUGAAGGAGGACACAGAUGUGGACGCAUGUGCAUUUCUGCUUCCCUGCAACUUGUGUCACAAAACAUUUACAAGUAGCAGUAGUCUGAACAAACACUUUAGAGUGCACACUGGCAAAAAUCCAUACAAAUGCAGCAUUUGCAACAAAACAUUCAUACAAUAUACUAAACUGAAGCAGCAUAUACUGGUGCACACUGGUGAACGCCCAUAUGUUUGUGGUGUUUGCAACAAGCCAUUCGGCCAAAAAAAUAAACUGAAGCAGCAUUCACAGAUGCACACAGGUGAACGUCCCUACAUCUGUGAAGUGUGUCAGAAGAGAUUCAGGAGCAACAGCCACCUGAAGGAACACCUGCGACAGCACACUGGGGAAAGACCAUACAGUUGCAACAUUUGUCAGAAGAAAUUCGCUUGUAAAGGUAACAUGAGAAAACACGUACUUACACAUGACAAAAUUACCAUAUACACUUGAUGUGUUUCCAAAGAGACUGAUAAUGAGCUAGCUGUAUGCUGGAAAAGAUUUCAAUUUUGUGUGCAGGACACUGAACCACAGCUUGUAAGUACACUCUAUUGUGGCAAAUACUGCUGUUUAUAUGACUGGCAUAUUAAGUUGAAGAGAAGAAAUGACUUAAAAGUGCAAGAGUAAACUUGUAUAUAGCAUGAUUCCUAUUUCUUUGUCUUUCCUGUAGGAUAACAGUGGGUUGUGAUAAAGUGUAAUUACCCUGUGUUACAAUCAAAGUUAUGUAAUUAAUUUGACCUUUGUCUUCAAGUAAAAAAUAUCUUCAGUUAUGGUACACAUUGAAAUGUCUGCACCACAUUGCAGUUUUACGCUGCUAGACCAACCAAAACAAGAUGCAGCAGUUCAUCUUCACAUUAUCAAUAGGCUGCGUUGUUUUGUAAUCAUUCCUCUCAUGGAUUUUAAUGCAUGUCAGAAUUGCAGAUGCAGACAUGCAAAAUACACAAAUUAUUCAUUAUCUAACUUUAGUUUGUCUGUGUAAUAUUUAAAAUUUUAUAAUCACUCCUCAUUAGUUGGGCUGGAAGCUUUCUACAGGCACAACUUCUGUGGCACACUAAUGCAUACAUAAUAUAGAAUCUGAUACAUCAAUGUAAUCACAAUGCUAUAAGUCUAAGACUACUCGAAUCAUGGGGAUUGCUGAGGUAUCACAGAAAAAUGCUGGAGCAACAAUGAAGUCUCAUAUUUUUGUUUAAUGAGACGUCCAAUGAAUGUUUUGUGAUCCUGCACAAUAUGUGAUUACAAGAUGAAAGCUGUAAUGCAAAACAAUGUCUUAUUGAAUCAGUUGUGACAGACACAAAGGUAAUGAGAGAAGUCUGUCAUCAACUGCUAUCGUCUUACCUUAGAAUGCUUGGUAUGACUAUAACUAUGUUUUUCAAGUACUUGAAAUUUAGGCCACUAAUUAUGUUGUAAUUGAACAAUGAUUUUUCUUCAGUGUGAAACAUGGACAUUCAUAUUGAAGCUUCCGUGAACUACACUGCUAGGAGAAAAUAGUAGACCUGGAAAGAUGACAUCAAUUUUUAUCCAGUGAUGGUAUAUGCCACCUGAGGGGAGGGGAAUAGUAGGUGUACUAAUAAUGGUUCAGUGUCGUCCUCCAACAGAUAGUGAGUGUAGUGGCAUAGCUACCAGUGUGCCAUCUCAUCCGCCCUUUAAUAGGGAAUACUCACUGCUGGAAGGCUCAGUGUGAAGCAAAGGUGUGAAACAAAUAGGUAAGUAUGCUGUGGAGAAUGACUGGUGCUACCUGCGGCCAACUGAGUGAGUUCGGAAGCUCUCAGUUGUGGCCUUCCAUGUGACAGGAUGGUCCUUUCAGAGACUUACCACACAAGGAGGAUGUGCUGCAUCAGGUGUGCAAGAUUCUGGCACCCGUGGACAUGUGAACAGUCUCACACCCUUAAACAAGGUUCUGGACAUCCAAACAGCACAGAUGCCCGACAGGAUCGCCAUAUUGUUAGGGCAGCAGUGGCGGAUCGUACAGCUACCACACUACAGAUAAGAGGGCUUGUGAAUGCAGGUGUGUCGACAUGAAAUGUUGCAAACCAGUUAUUACCACUGGGACUACAGGCAUUCUUACCUCUAGUAUGUCUUGUCUUCCAUUCACACCAUAUCAUCGACUUGUGCAGCUCAACUGGUGCUGUCAGAGGAUCAGUUGGAAGAUAGAAUGGCAUGGCGUGGUCUUCAGUGAUGUUUCUGGAGAGGACUCUAAUCAGCACUUGGUAUGUGCAGAAUGAUUUUAGACAUAUUCUUUUGCUGUUAUUGCAACAGAAAUGUGAUGUGUUGUUACAGCAACAUAAUGUUCACCCACAUACUGCCUGUGAAACUGCUCUGCAAGACAUGCAGCAACUUAGCUGGUCAGCACAAUCUCCAGACUUGUCUACACUCAAGCGUGUGAGGAACAUGAUGGGACAAAAAGUGACUCUUAUAAUUUGUCAGCUAACAACUUUUACAGAACUACGUAAACAGGUAGAGCGGGUGAUGCAUAACAUAUCUCAGGACAGUAUUCAUCAUCAGUGUAAUCAACUGGAUGCCAGAGCCAGCGUGUGCAUUACCACAACGUGCUAAUAUGAAUGUCGCAGCAUGAGUGGGUACCUGGUACCUCAGAUAUGUUUGUGCUGUUAAUCUGUAAAUUUAAUCAUUUCAUCUACUCCAUAUGCACUGUUGGAACAAUAAAUCUUGAGGGAACUGGAAACCUCUAAAAGAG